UCCGGCAACAACACGGAACACGGCCGCUUGUUUUGUUUUUAUCUCUGAUGUUGAAGUUGAAUCAAGGUGACAGUUAUUAAUUUUUUGCAAUUAAUUUAAACUGUUCAAACUAGUUUCAAUUAUCUCCUCUAUCUUAAUGGAUCAUGAGUGGUAGUGUAGGUGUCAUUUAUAACUGAGAUAAACGUUAUUAAGAUUGGACCAUACUGUUUGACGGAACAAUAUUGGUUUGAGGAGUUUCAAAGUCAAGGAGAGCAGCUGAGGGUUAACAAAACGUUUGAAAAAUUCAGCGGCUGCAAGCUACAUGAUUAUUAAUACAAAAUGGGUCGUAAGGUUACACUUGCCGUGAGCACCCUCAACCAAUGGGCUCUCGACUUUGAUGGCAAUUUAAACAGAAUUAUGCAGAGCAUUCAGAAGGCAAGAGAUGCUGGAGCAACGUUUCGUAGUGGCCCCGAAUUGGAGAUUUGUGGCUACAGUUGUGAAGAUCAUUUCUAUGAAGGAGACACUCUCCUGCAUUCAUGGGAAGUUCUUCUCGAGCUGAUCAUCAGUCCCAUCUGUCGAGAUAUGAUCAUCGAUGUAGGCAUGCCAGUAAUGCACAAAAACUGCACAUACAAUUGCAGAGUUGUAUUUUUUAAUAGAAAAAUCCUUCUUAUUAGACCGAAGAUGAGGUUGUGUGAUAAUGGAAAUUAUCGAGAGUCGAGAUGGUUCACGGAAUGGAGAAAGCCUCGCGAGGUUGAGGACUAUUACUUGCCGCGCAUCAUUUCCACCUACACCGGACAGAGUGUGGUUGCGUUUGGUGAUGCUGUCAUCGCAACUAGAGAUACCUGUAUUGGAUAUGAAAUAUGUGAAGAGCUAUGGAAUCCAGCCAGCUCACACAUUCGAAUGUGCCAAGAUGGCGUUGAGUUGAUUGUGAACGGUUCCGGGUCCUACAUGGAGUUGAGGAAAGCUUACAUUACUGUCGAUCUUAUCAAAUCGGCUACUUUCAAGGCAGGUGGCUGCUACCUGUUUAGCAACCUGAGAGGAUGUGAUGGCCAGCGGGUGUUCUUCAAUGGGUGCUCUUGCAUAGCUGUCAAUGGAGAAAUCGUCAAAAGAAGUCGACAGUUUGCGGUUGAGGAAGUUGAAUUGACUGUAGCCACCGUCGAUUUGGAGGACAUCCGUACUUACAGGAAUCACAUCAGAUCUCUGGCGCACAUGUCCGGGGGCAGUGCCUCGUAUCCGCGCAUCACCGUUGACUUCGGCCUGUCGGACAUGAGCUCCUGGAAUCUGUCGCUGAUGGCGUCGCGGCCGAUCGAAUGGGUCCACCACACGCCCGAGGAAGAGAUCACCAUGGGCCCUGCUUGCUGGCUCUGGGACUACCUCAGACGUUCGGGCCAAGGCGGCUUCUUUCUGCCAUUGAGUGGUGGAGUCGACUCAGCCAGCACCGCCUGCAUUGUCUACUCCAUGUGCAAUCUGGUCACUGACUCCUGCAAUAAAGGAGAUCCAACAACAAUAGCUGAAGUGAGGAAGAUAGUGAGCGAUGCCGAGUACAUACCAAAAGACCCGAAGGAACUGUGCAGUCGCCUGUUUGUCACCAGUUACCUGGCCACCGAGAACAGUUCCAAGCUCACAAAGGAUUUGGCCGCCUCACUCGCGUCACAAAUUGGCAGUUACCACCUGGAUGUGAAUAUAUGUGACGCAGUUGUGGCUUUGUUGACAAUAUUCGCUCGAGCAACCAAUCGCACUCCCAGGUUUUCUGCUCAUGGCGGAUCGGCUAGAGAGUCACUAGCCAUGCAGAAUAUACAGGCGAGAAUGCGAAUGGUGACGUCAUACCUGUUCGCCCAGCUGAUACUGUGGACCCGCAACCGACCGGGUGGACUGCUGGUGCUUGGCUCGUCCAAUGUGGACGAGGCUCUGCGCGGCUACAUGACCAAGUACGACUGCUCCUCGGCCGACAUCAAUCCGAUUGGCGGCAUUUCGAAAACUGAUCUCAAGGCAUUCCUUAGGUUUGCUAGGCAAAGAUUUGAUCUACCAGUGCUGGAUCAAAUACUGCAGCAAACGCCGACAGCCGAGCUGGAGCCGCUAGAAAACGGCGUCUGUACUCAGUCCGAUGAGGCAGACAUGGGAAUGACCUAUUCUGAAUUGAGCAUUUUUGGAACUCUGAGAAAGCAGAACGCAUGUGGGCCUUUCUCCAUGUUCUGCAAAUUGCUCAGUAUGUGGCAUCAUUCGCAUACUCCUGCUGAGGUGGCAGACAAAGUGAAGCAUUUCUUCAGGUGCUACGCCAUCCACCGGCAUAAGAUGACAGUGUUGACGCCGUCCUACCACGCCGAAUCCUACAGCCCUGACGACAAUCGCUUCGACCAUCGGCCUUUCUUGUACAACGUCAAAUGGAAAUGGCAGUUCAAAGCUAUCGAUGAUCAUUUACAACAGCUGGUUUCUGGAAGCUCACUGAAGGAACCUGAAGAGGUAGUGAAGAUACCUCCAAAAACUCUUCCAAAGCCUGGAUCUUCAGAUCGUAGUAAACAGACAGGUGUUGUUGUAUAGAAGAAAUAUUGUUCUGGGAUCCAGUUGAGCUGUUAGUAACACCAGUUCAUACUUAAUGCAUCACUGUUAUAGUAAAGUAUUUGUACAAUAAUGUUUUUAUUAUUUGAUCAUUAAAAAAUUAUAGUUAUAUUUUUUAUCAAAUAUAUGUUUUUAAUUCGGUUACGCUUAAAA